AUGGCGAUGGAUAUGGGCUUUCUGCCCACGAUCAAAUGCUCCAACUGUGGAAACCAUGUUGAAAUCUCGGCCAUGGGCGACCAUGUCUGCGCCCCUAUUGACCAUGGCAUGCCUUCAACGGAGGCAAUAACAACAACAAUACACUCUUCUACCCCGUCAACUCUCGACCCCUCUCACAUAACAUCUAAUGCGACAACUCCUCCUUCUCCUCCCCCGUCUGCGGGCCUGGAUGCGCCAGACCAAUUGACCGUGGCUAUGGCUGGUAAGCCCGGUCGGCCUGCAGCACCCCCUCGCAUCGAUCCUACGAUCGCCAAUCGCGCAUUCCUCCAACCGACUGUGCCUACGCCGGCGAUGUCCAACACCCAUGUGUCUCCCGAUGACGAGUCGGUACUCGAUCUGGAUACGGUGUUCUCCUUUCCCAUGCCCGGUAGCCGGUCCCCGGCUCUCGUUGGAACGCCGUCGAUGAAAUAUGAACCUCCAGCACGGUCACCAGCACGCCCAGCCCCGACUCCAUCCCCGCGACUCGGCUUAGAUCUGGUUCCGGAGAACAUCCAGCUCCCACCUAGUCCCCUUCCACCCCAAACGGAGUUAGCACAUGUUGGGCAUAGUCGUGGUGAUUCAAUGGCUAGUCACAGUAGCUACCGAACCUCGCUAGCUAGCACCCGCUACGAGGGUUCAACGGCGCGAUCAUCAACUCAUAGCUUCUCUCGGGGGCUACGCGCAUUCAUGGAUGACACUCCACCCAUGCCUCCCGCGCCCCUUCGCACACCAAACAAGGCAUCGUUUUCUUCGGAGUCGAAUUCAACGAAUUCAAACUUGUCGACGAGUCCUUCCUCCCAGGAUGGCCGUGGGGAAACCUACAGUGGAUUCGAUUUCGGCAUUUCUCCGGCUCACACUCCUACUGGGCUGCAUGAUCUCCCGGAAGAACCCACACCUGAUCCGAUCGUAGUCGACCAAGAGCGAAAAUACCUGGCCUAUUCACCGAGCCUCUUGCACCCAGCUAAUGCGGAAGCUGGAAGUGACGCUCCCAGGAAGGCUUCUGAUGCGACGAGCGAAAGUGCUAUUUCAAUUACCAAUUUCGCGCGUGCUUUGGGUCUGGAUGAUCACCAUGUUGAGCAGCCAGAGGGUUCUACUUCUUCAGAAUCUUCUCCGUCCGACACCCGCAGUGGAAGUUCUAGCGGAAGUUCCAUGUCCAGCCUGCCGUCCGAUACCAGUUUGAACCGGCAUAAAAUCACGGAUCCUCUCAACCUAGGUCCUUUGGUGGAGGAACUGCCACCGCGAACACGACAGACUAUUUUGGAGCUGCCUGGUCGCAUCCGCAGUACCAUGGAUGAAGUGCCUCCGAUUCCUGGUGUUUUCUUCAGCCCUGAUUCACCAACCGAUCCGGCGAUCGGCCAAGGUAGUCUGUCGCUGAUUGCUGAGAGGCGCGAGGAAGGGAUGCGCCCGCGGCACCAACAGCCGCAACCAUCACUACCGCAACCUCCCCAGCAAGAUGAACUCCAAGAUCCCCCUCCACUUCGCCGACCUAUACAACGAUCUGCGACCGAACCAAUUCCUCGUCCUCCAACCCGGUCCGCAACUCGUACCAAGGGUGACUGUAAGGGUUGCGGCGAGCCCAUUACCGGCAAGUCCAUCUCCUCCUCGGAUGGCCGUCUAACUGGACGAUACCACCGCGGAUGCUUUGUCUGUUUCGAAUGCCACUCCCCCUUCCCAUCUGCCGAUUUCUACGUCCUCAACAACCGGCCCUAUUGUGCCCAGCACUAUCACGAGCGUAACGGGUCCCUAUGUGCAACUUGCCACAACGGUAUCGAGGGUCAAUACCUCGAGACCGUCGAGCGCAAUGGCGGUCGUCCCGAACGACGCCGUUUCCACCCGGAUUGUCUUCAAUGCCGGACGUGUCAUGUCUUACUCAAGGGGGACUAUUUCGAGUGGAAUGGCGAAGUCUACUGCGAACAGGAUGCUCGGCGUGCGGCUAAUGCUUAUUACCGUCCUCCAGGCCCUCCUGGACCCCCCGGAGCCCCCGGAUCGCUGAGACCUCCAGGUCCACCUGGCCCACCUGGUCGUCGUCGACCCACGAUUGGGUCUUCCCCUCUGGCUCAAUCUCGCGCUUACCCUCCUCCCGCGGGAUACAGACCUCCUCCCUCGCCGUCGCCGAGUAGUGGUGGUCUUCGUCCGGGUCCUCGAUACCCAUCUGGAGGCGCCCGACGUUUCCCUGAGCGGAGAACCACUAAGCUCAUGAUGAUUUGA